AAACUCACUACAACUUUAAAACUCAGCACAAGAGCCGUCUGCUCAGUCCGCUCAGGAGUUACAAAACACAAACAUCUGUGGGAUUUUAUACUUCUGAAACCUCAGCAGCUCUUCUUUUUUUGUGUUUCGUGUCAUUUGUGUCACUGGUUAGCCAGUAUUUAAAGUUACUACCGAAAGACUAACAAAAGGUGACCAGUUCUACUAUUCCUGCUGCUUUAACAGCGUGCUUUAACUGUGGUGGUCUCGUUGGAAUGAAUAUAUCUGAGUCUAGUUGUUGUCAAGAGUCCAGUUCUCAGCCCAGCCAGGUUGUGGAGCGUGGAACAUGGGGUGCACCGUCCUGCACUCCGGGCCCUGACAGGGGACAUGGUUUUAACCACAGCCGGACCACAGAACUGAUGCCGGUGCCCGGCUCCAAAACGCGGACCGGAUCCCGAACCACGAGCAGUGGAGGAGCCACAGAGGCCAGGGCGGGAAGCCCGGACUCAACCCGCCCCGGUGCUCUGACCCUGGGCUCCGGCGAGGGAAAAUCCGAUUCGCGGAUCAGGAGGCCGAUGAACGCUUUCAUGGUGUGGGCGAAAGAUGAGCGCAAACGUCUGGCCCUGCAGAAUCCGGACCUGCAUAAUGCUGUACUCAGUAAGAUGCUCGGUCAGUCCUGGAAGGCUCUGAACACACAAGACAAGCGUCCAUUCGUUGAGGAAGCUGAACGACUCCGACUGCAGCACCUCCAGGAUCACCCAAACUAUAAAUACCGCCCUCGCCGUAAGAAACAGCCCAAGAAAAUGAAACGCGUGGAACCAGGCCUGCUCCUUCAAGGCCUGGCCCACGGCAUGGCCGGAGGUCCCGGACCUGGCGACUCCUAUUCCCCGCAUCGCCACGCCCAUCACCUGUUGCCUCCUCUCGGACACUUCAGAGACCUCCACCCGUCUCCAGAGCUGGAGAGUUACGGCCUCCCCACGCCGGAGAUGUCCCCGUUAGACGUGCUCGAAGAAGGAGGUGGCGAUUCUGUGUUCUUCCCUCCUCACAUGCAGGAAGACGUGGCUUUGACUUCAUGGAUAAACUACCACCACCCCCAACAUCCAAACCCCAGUCACCAUGGAGGCCACCACCCUCAUCACAAUUCCCAUAACCUCCAACAUUCCCACUCACAUCUUAACCAGAAGUCUCAGCUCGCCUCUCCGAUGCAGGAGAAAUGCCUGGAGUCUACAAACCUGAAUGCUCUCUAUCCUCCCCAGCCCAACAUGAGCCUCCCAGAACCAUCCAAGGCUCUUCAUGCCCCCAGCACUCCCACAGGUUAUUACGGUCAGAUAUACGGGAGCAGUCAACCCCAGCCUGCAUUUACAUCUCACCUGGGCCAACUGUCUCCACCACCGGAGACCCCCGCCACAACGUCCGUCCCCUCGGUCGCUCAGGCCCCUCCAUCAUCUCUGGACACGUUAGACCACCUAGGACCCUCAGCGGAGUUCUGGGGCGAAAUGGACAGGAUUGAAUUUGACCAAUACCUGAAUGCAAGCAGGACACGAUUGAGCAGAAACGCUCCAUGUGAGGAGAGCAGCGCUUUGAUAUCGGCCCUCUCGGACGCGAGCAGCGCCGUCUACUACAGCACGUGCAUUACUGGAUAAAACCGAGCGUCUGGCGCACACAUGUACUUCUGAUUCAUUUCACUCAUGUUAUUUGAUUCAUUGUUCAGGGAGUCGUUUAGCUGGUGUUGUUUUAAAUAAAGGUGGUUGCUGAACUCCAUACGUGUCAAGGAUGGUUCUCAUUGUAUAGACUGCACAAAAAAAGCGUAUUUCACAGCAUGACUGGUCAUUUCUAGACUCGAUAACCUGUACUUUCUGAGGCUGUGGUCAAUUUAAACCGAUCAUUUGCUGACUCCAUACAGCUACUGUACUCUUACGGUCUCAAGUGAGGGUACUAGGAGGUGGAAGUCAAGAAUGUGAAUAUUUUCAUAUAUAUACAUAUAUAAAAAGCUUUAAGGUGCUUUUUAUAUUUGUUUAUUUUUAUAGACAUUUUAUAUAAGGUUGGAUUGAAAUCGUAUGCACUGGGUAGAGGACAACCACUCUAAGCUCUUUUGUACUGCACUUAUCUUUCUCAUUUCUUCAAUUCCAUUCAAAAACCAUCUAAAAUAUUGAUCAUUUACAAAGUAUGAUUUAUAUUGCAAAUUCUCCCUCCCGUAUGACUGAAUUCGGCAUUUCAUGUAUACAUUUAUUUUGUAACACUCACAGCUCUUGAGAAACACAGCUCGGCAAUAACUCCUGGUCUCCCUUUUGGUAAUAAUUAUCUUCAAAUAAAAAGAGUUUGCAAUGAAAAAACAAUGUCUCUGAGCUAUUAAAUCAACACGAUUAAAUUGAAAACACACAGUUGUACAUAGUAUUUCACCGAAAGACUUUCCCAAACCACAGCGCGCAUGUGUUUUUCUAGAUUCUCCUUUUGCUACAGUUUUUAUAGUUUGUAUUUCACAUCAAAUGUAUCAAUGAAUAUUUUGCAAAAUAAAGUUGUCACUUAA